CCCUCCGGUUGGCCGGGCGAAGUUCAACCUGAGUCCAACCGGCGUCUUCUCAACGGCAAGGAGCUGCCGCCUCAAGCGAGCUCGCCGGUUUUAAAAAGAAGAUCCUAUCUUGAAGAAAAUUAGAAAUCAUGUCAGAAGCAGAUGACCUGCAUUCCAGCUGUCUUUCUCCAGAUCUGACCCAUCCAAAUUCUCCUUUCUGUUUGGACAAGAGUACUUCAACCUCAGAUCUACCCCAGGUGGAAAUUGACCCAAAGGAGGAACAGAAAUCUGAGAAUACAUAUCCUCCUGAGAAGUUAGACAUUUGCCAACAGAAAAUCAGGGAAAGUGAUGUAGAUGGUCAAGAGAUUCUUUCAAGCACCAGUUCUUGGAGUUGUGUGGGAUUUCUAGAAACCUGCAAGACCCAAGGCACUGAACAGAACUUUGAAAGCCUGCAGUCUCUGGAUGGGGCUUUAGACCUAAACGAAGACCUAAAGAGGUUAUUUCAGGAGCAUAACGAGCAGCAAAUCAAAAUCACACACCUGCAGGAUGAACUGAGAACAAACAUUGAAAAUCUAAUCGAAGAGAAGUACAGGAUCAUCCUAGAAAAGAAUGAAGUGGAAAAUCUGGUGAAGAGGCUGCAAGAGGCUUUUUCUGACUCCCAAAAACUCCUGUGUAAAUCUAGGAGUGAAAAAGAUACUUUAAUGUUGGAGCUUGAAAAACUUAAUGCCAACUAUGGUCUCCUUCAGGAAAGGCACCAGGGGGAGAUAGAGGAAAAGCAAAAAUACCAAAGUCGUUUCUUAGAAGUCAGCAGCAUCCUGAGCCAGAAGGAGGAGCAAAUACUGGCUCUGCAGCAACUGAAGGGAGAAACGGAGAAGACUGCCUUUUCUGCUCUGGAGAGAGCGACGAAGGAAAAGGAGAGUGUGGAACAGAAGCUCCAGGCCGUGCAGGUGGAAUUUCAGAAGUACCAGGAAGAAAAGUUAGCAGAAAGGCAGGAGUUGAAAUCCAAUUUUAGCAAACUGAUUACUCACGUUAAAAUUUUGCAAGCUGGUUUUGAAAACGAAAGGGCUAUGAAUCAUAAGCUGCAACAGCAGCUAGCCAAAGGACAAAAUGGGCACUUAAGGCUUCGGCAACUUAGAGCGAGGAGUCGGGAGCAAAACUCUCCCUGGAGAGUGAGGGCAGCCCAGCGGGAACAACUGCUUAAUGAAGUCGCAGAGUCAGGUGUGGCACAGGACCCCAGCAGACCUUACACAGAACAUUGCAAGGAAGGUGAGAAAGCAAGUCUGCUGAUGGAAAAAAUGAAGUGCUUACACCUUAAAAGGAGAAGCUUGGAAGAGGAGGUAAUGAAACACAGGACCAGCAUCUCUGCCUUUAGAGAGUUGUUAUCUAUUGAGAAAGAUCCUCGAAAACAAGAUAUCAAGGACACAAAAACUGACCAAGAGAAAUCUAAAAUAAGCACAGAUGUAUCAGAUUUACUGGGAGACAGGCCAAAUCAGUACCACAAGCAAAAUGAUGAUCUCCACUCCCUGAAUUCUUUUUUCAAGUUCAUGAUUCACCCCCAUGAAGCUUGUGUGGAAGCAGUAGAUUUGACAGUGGUUCCUGGCAGAGCUGAAGAUUUGGAACUAGAAGUUGCCAUCUUCAAGGAGUUUUGA